AUCAAGCAUUGGCGUUGAAAGACCUUCAAUGAUGACUGCAACUUUAUACACUCUGCAUAAUGUGGAUUGUAUCGAGGAAAGGCCAGUUCGAAGAGGUGAAGGACAAGUAGAGGCGCUGGAGUUUAUCCUCGAACGUGAGACGAAUUCAGACUAUAAAAUUUCUCACAUGUUGAGAUGCGAGAAUGCACUACAGUGUGUAUGGAAGUCAUUGACAUGGGAGAUGGGAGGAAGAUCUAUUGGGCAACUAGAUAGGUGAGGCAAGAAACUAGCGGAAUUUAUCAUGAAGGAACCACAGGGGUUGGUGACAACAGUUCCAGGCCAACCAGGAGAAUGAAAUGUUUGGUUCUUUUCAAGCGACACUAAGACUUGAUGAUUG